AUGGCUUCUGAAGAGCUUUCGACAUCUUUUAUUCCAGCCCUGUAUAAGCCGGCUGCUCUAUUGCCUAUUGCACGGCAUAAGAGGAGUCUGUUGUACUUGGUUGAGAAAUACCCUGUCACCAUAGUCGUGGGUCAAACAGGUAGCGGCAAAACAACCCAGCUUCCGCAAUAUCUCGACCAGGCAGGAUGGUGCGAGGAUGGAAAAGCAAUUGCUGUCACACAGCCCCGUCGAGUGGCUGCCACGACUGUUGCAACCCGAGUAGCAGAGGAGAUGCGUUGCAAAGUCGGUGAGGAGGUUGGCUACUCUAUCAGAUUUGAAGAUCUAACAUCCGCCGCAACAAGAAUCAAAUUCUUGACAGAUGGCAUGCUGCUCAGAGAAGCUUUGGUCGAUCCUCUUCUCUCGCGAUAUUCUGUGAUCAUGGUUGAUGAAGCACAUGAAAGAUCUCUAAGCACCGAUGUUCUCCUCGGAACUCUGAAGAAGAUCCGCAAAAAACGUCCUGAACUCCGCAUUGUCGUGAGUAGCGCAACGCUUCAGGCAGAAGACUUUUUGCAUUUCUUCGCUGGCGAAGAAUACAAGCCCGAUACAGAACCGGCUGACCUGGGAGGAAGUGUUGGAAGAAUUAUCAGUCUGGAAGGACGGAUGUACCCAGUCGAUAUGCUUUACCUUGAGACACCUGCAGAAGACUAUAUCGAACGAGCAGUCAAGACUGUGUUUGAUAUUCAUUCUCAGGAAGCAGAAGGCGAUGUACUUAUCUUUUUGACGGGCCGGGAAGAGAUCGAUACUGCCAUUCAGUUAAUAUCCGAGAGAGCGGCUACUCUUCACCCAAAAGCUCAUUCACUGCUUCCAUUGCCUCUCUACGCGGGACUCACGACAGAACAACAAAUGUACGUCUUCGAGCCGACACCAGAAAACACCAGAAAAGUCAUUGUCUCGACCAAUAUCGCAGAGGCAUCGGUCACGAUCGACGGAAUCGUAUACGUGAUCGAUUGCGGCUUUGCCAAACUUAGGGCCUACAACCCCAGCACUGGCGUUGAGACUUUGACAGCAGUACCGAUAUCAAAAGCAUCGGCUACACAGCGAGCUGGACGAGCUGGAAGAACAAAGCCGGGAAAGUGUUUCCGCUUAUAUACGCAGGAAGCCUAUGAAAAAUUACCUGAAGCAACGGUACCUGAGAUCCAGCGAUCAAAUCUAGCCCCGGCCAUCAUGCAGCUUAAAGCACUGGGAAUUGACAACAUCGUUCGAUUUGACUUCUUGACUCCUCCACCGGCAGAACUCGUCAUUCGAGCAUUCGAGCUUCUCUCUUCACUCGGUGCAGUUGAUGACUAUGCAAAGCUCACGAAACCACUUGGAACACGAAUGGCAGAACUUGCGGUCGAUCCAAUGAUGGCCAAGGUCCUCCUUGCGGCUCCGUCUUUCAACUGUCUCAGCGAGAUCCUCUCAAUUGCGGCGAUGGUCAGUCUUCAGGGAACGGUAUGGGUUCAGCACGAAGGAGAUAAGAGAUCUGCCGAGAGCAAUCGCCGCAAGUUUGCCGUCGAGGAGGGUGAUCAUUUGACAUACCUAAAUGUAUACCAGGCAUUCGUCACCAAGGGAAAGAAGGAUUCAAAAUGGUGUCGUGACAACCUCUUGAACUACCGGGCGCUACUGCGCGCAGUGAGCAUCCGGGGUCAACUGAAACGAUACCUCGAACGCUUCGGUAUUCAAGUUGAUGAGUCGUUGUCAGCUCGCACUGGCGCCCUUGAUUUGAGUUCCCAGCCUGAACGGAUUCGGAGAUGUCUCACCACCGGUUAUUUCGCUCAUGCGGCGAAGAUGCAACCUGAUGGCACUUUUCAAACUGUCAGUGGGGGACUGACUCUUCAUGCACACCCCAGCUCAUUAAUGUUUAACCGCAAUGCAGACUGGGUUAUCUUCCAUGAAAUCAUGCAAACGGGCGAGAAGACUUACAUUCGCGAUAUUACGAAGAUUGAGAAAGGCUACCUACUGGAAUAUGCUCCCGACUAUUACAGACUCCCAAGGUUGACUGACCCCAACUCUUACAAAAACCGCAACGUCACGGGAGCGGAGAGCUCCAAAACACCUUCCGCUUCAGGUCGCGCGCAUUUCCUCGUCAACACGCGCGAAACAGAUACCUGCAUCACCACUUCACAAUACCAUGAUCACUCCAACGAUAUCACGCCAGCCAUCCAAUCUCUCCUCUAUUCUCAGAUUGAUUUCGGUCGGAUCACUACUCUCAACGAAUCUGUCCCCAAGGCCGGCGCAGCUAUCGCGCAAAAGACCUGGGCCGAGCGACUGAAUGACAAGCCCGAGCUUGAGAGCGAUGCAGACGAGCAGCUGCUCAUGAACAUCCCAUUCAACGGCCAAGUAAAAGUGCACUCCCUUCUCCUCUACACAGCCCCAACAACCUCCGCCCCAAAAACCAUAAAGCUCUUCAAGAACCGCGACGACCUAGACUUCUCAACAGCCUCAGAGCUGACCCCAACUCAAACGAUCGAAGUCCCACAGCCCAUUCCUGGCGCCGAUGUCUUUGAAUUGCCGUUGAAUCGCGCUCACUGGAACGCGACUACCUCUAUUACGCUCUUCUUUGAGGACAAUUGGAGUGAUGGCGAGGAGGAUGUUACUAAGGUUGGUUAUGUUGGGUUUAAGGGGCAGUUUUUGAAGCUCGCGCGUGAGCCUAUUAGUUUUCUCUAUGAGUCUGCUGCGAAUCCUCAGGAUCAUGUUUCUAUCCCUGGGGUUAGUGGUGUUGGGGGGAGGAUUAUGCCUGGUCAGUAG